GGAUACAAAACAGUUCAUAGUUCAUACACAAAUACGCCUGAAAUUGGGUAGGUUAUUUUCCACCCAAAAUUUUUCAAACCUCUACUCUUUGUGGAGGCAUGAAUGACCCAGCUCGUACGCACCUCCAACCACACCAUCCAAGCAUGGAAUCGCUUGAUGUUCGUAGCUCAAAACUGCGCCACAAUGCGCCAAGUCAAGGCCACCCAAGCUGUCUUCCUCACCCACGGCCUCCACCACAACAACUAUGCCAUCAGCAAGCUCGUUGCUUUUUGCGCUCUCUCCAACUCCGGUAGCCUCUCCUACGCGUCCCUUCUAUUUAGCUCUAUCGAGAAACCCAAUUCAUUUAUCUACAACACUCUUAUUAGAGCAUACUCUCGUAGUUCGCAGCCUCCUUUGGCUCUUCAUUACUUUCAUCUCAUGUUAAGCGAUGUUGAUGUUGUCCCUGAUAAUCACACAUUUCACUUUGCUAUCUUGGGGUGUGUAAAUUCUAAUUGGAUGAUUUUGGGUCGGCAAAUUCACAAUUGGGUACUUAAAAAUGGCGGUGUUACAUCGGAUAGUCAUGUGCAGACAUCACUUGUUAGGUUGUAUAGUGUGUGCGGAGUUAUGAGUGAUGCCAAGAAGGUGUUUGGUGAAAUUCCUCUUCCAGAUAUGGUGCAGUGGAAUGUGCUUAUGAAUGGAUACAUUCGGUGUGAUUCAGCUGCUGAGUCUUUGAGGGUUUUUCAAGUUAUGCUGGUGCAGGGGACUGAGCCUGAUGAGUAUUGCUGCACUACUGCGUUGACCGCAUGUGCGCAAUCUGGGGUUCUUUGGCAAGGUAAGUGGAUUCAUGAGUAUAUGAGGAGGCAACGGUUUGAUCUAGAUGUGUUUUCUGGUACAGCUCUUGUGGAUAUGUAUGCCAAAUGUGGAUGCAUAGACCUGGCUGUGGAAGUCUUUGAGGGGAUGAGUAAGAGGAAUGUGUUCAGCUGGGCUGCCAUGAUUGGUGGCUUUGCAGUGCAUGGUUAUGCAAGGAAAGCAAUUGAUUCUUUAGAGAAGAUGCAGGUUGAAGAUAGGAUUAAGCCUGAUGGGGUUGCCAUUCUUGGGGUUUUGAUGGCUUGUACCCAUGCAGGACUGCAAGUGGAAGGGCAAUCAUUGCUGGAGAAUAUGGAAGCUCGAUAUGGGAUUGUUCCUCAGCAUGAACACUACAGUUGUGUGGUAGACUUGCUUUGUAGGAAAGGUCAAUUGGAUGAAGCACUUCAUCUCAUAAGGAGAAUGCCAAUGAAGCCGCUUGCUUCAGUUUGGGGUGCUUUACUGAGUAGUUGUCAAACACACAAGGACGUCAAGCUUGCGAUUCUUGCUGCGAAAGAGCUUCUAGAGCUAGAUAAUACUGGUGUUGCCAAAGAAGAUGUAGCAUAUGUUCAAUUGUCAAAUGUUUACUUUAGUGCAGAGAAGAAUGAAGAUGCUUGUAGGAUCCGGAAGAUGAUAGAUGACAGAGGGUUAAAGAAAACCCCAGGAUGCAGUAUGAUAGAGGUGGAUGGGAUGGCGAGCGAGUUUCUUUCAGGGGAUGUAUCGCAUCCGCUUAUACCUCAUAUACAUGCAAUGCUGGAACUGUUGUUCUUUCAUUCAAUUCAUUAACCUUGAUAGUGGUAACAGAAGAUAUACCUUUACAAUCGGAGUUUCAAAAAUUUACUUGGGUCUUUGUGAUUCCAGCUCACAUUUCUCAGCAAUCAAAGUCAAAAUUAUUACUAUGCUUGUGUUCAAUUUAUUCAUUCUUCAUCACUAUUAAUGUAUCAAUUAAUCUUCUUCUUCUUGU